GUUUGAAAUCGACGCGGGGCAGACGUGGAAGAGAUGUCAACCACUGAAAUGGGGAAGAUGUGCACUUUCAUUGAUUUGUCUACAGAUAACGUUGGUAACAUUUUUCUUUUGGAAUUGACGAAAUAUUUUAAUAUAUUUAUUAUUAUUUUUUAAAUAAACUCAGCCAUGUCUUUAUAUUCGAUACAAGCGAAGAAGCACACCGCUUUUUAUGACAAUGUCUUGACAUCAAGGGUUCCUGACACGAAAGACCAAAAAGCUGCAGGAGGAAUGAUCAAAGGGGACGAUACGAAAUUAUUGACAUUGGAUAAAACCAAGGAGAUAAACACGACCUAUUUGAACUCUGCGCUGUCAAAAACCGGAGGCCAGAGGAAUGGCACCCCCGGUCGAGGGCGUCUACAGAGGAAAACGGGUACGAACGGCGACAAAGUGAUGAGUGAAAAUACAAUGGAAAUCACUCAGAAUACGACACCGGUACCCGAGAAAAGACUCACGUUGCAACGCAGAACCAGGACCGGUUCAAUUGACAAAAGCGCAAGUAAUGACACCAGCAAAGCAACAGAGAGCUCGAGACAACACUGGGUCAGUGGUACCGACUCUCAUCAUUCCAAAGUUCUCUCUGAAUCAAACCCUCGAACGCCUGUUAGUGCAGUUGUAUUGCGGUCAUUCAGUCUGAGGGACAGCUCAUCUAGAAGUAAAUCAAGAGAAGCUGUUCAUCUUUUAAACACUCCAGCUAAAGGAGUCAAACUAUUUGCACCAAAACAGCCAGCAGCCCCGGGUAAAGUAGAUGUGAAAAAACCAGAGGAUCAUACCAGAACUGUUUCAACACCCACAAAAAAGACUCCAUUCGAGAAAAUCACAGCAAAGAAGGAUGCCUUUGAGAGGUUGGCUGGGAAAGAGAUCCCAAAAAUGGUGUCAGUAAAAACGGUGGGCCUAGAGAGGCCGAAGACGCACGCACAGGUGACUGUGGAAGCUGCGAAGCCUGUUGCAACUCCCCAUACUAACAAGUUUCUGGUCAGUAGUCAAAGAGCAAACGUGACCUCCAACUUGCCAGGGCAGGUGAGAAAGUACUCAAUCCAUAGUGACCUGACCAUGGCUAGGUCCUCGACUCCUGCGCCUACCUUCUCCACCGAGCUUUUGCUCCCACCCAGUGCGAUGCUAAAGCACAAACAGGAUACCCUGAAAAUGGAGAACAGUGCCGUGACAGUUGCAGUCAGAAUGAGGCCAUUCAACACCAGGGAGAAGACUGAGAAAGCAUUGCAGGUGAUCUUCAUGGAUAACCAGGAGACUCUUGUCCAACAUCCAGACACCAAGCAGAGCUACUCCUUCACGCAUGACUUCUCCUUCUGUUCCGUCGACAAAAGCGACCCCGGCUUUGCCAGCCAGCAGACAGUGUAUGAAAAACUAGCAAAGCCACUUCUGGAGAGGGCCUUUGAGGGCUUCAACACCUGUCUGUUUGCAUAUGGCCAAACUGGAUCUGGGAAGUCUUACACUAUGAUGGGUGUUGGGGAAGAGGCAGGUGUAACACCAAGAUUCUGCGAGGAGCUCUUCUCUAGGCUGUCUGUGGUUGAUAAUCCGGAGGUGACAUGUCAUCUGGAGAUGAGCUACUUUGAGGUGUACAAUGAGAAAAUCCAUGACCUGCUCAUUGCCAGGGAUGAACAAAACCAAAAGAGGUGGCCUUUAAGGGUGAGGGAACAUCCAGUGAACGGGCCUUACGUAGCUGAGCUGACAACGAACGUGGUGAGCUCCUAUGCGGACAUUCAGGGUUGGCUGGAGCUUGGGAACAAGCAGCGAGCCACUGCAGCCACGGGGAUGAACGACAAGAGCUCCCGAUCCCACUCCGUAUUUACUCUGGUUAUGACCCAGACCAAGACUGAGUUUGUGGAGGGGGAAGAACAUGACCACAGGAUCACCAGCAGGAUCAACCUGGUGGACUUGGCUGGCAGCGAGCGCUGCUCCACAGCCCAGACCAGCGGAGACCGCCUCAGGGAGGGUGCCAGCAUCAACAAGUCGCUGCUGACCCUGGGGAAGGUGAUCUCUGCCUUGUCAGAGCAGGCCCAGACCAAGAGGAAGGUCUUCACCCCCUACAGGGACUCUGUGCUCACAUGGCUGCUGAAGGAGAGCCUGGGUGGAAACUCCAAGACGGCCAUGAUCGCCACCCUGAGCCCGGCGGGCAGCAACGUGGAGGAGAGCCUGAGCACGCUGCGGUACGCCAAGCAGGCCCGCAUGAUCAUCAACGUGGCCAAGGUCAACGAGGACACCAACGCCAAGCUCAUAAGAGAGCUGAAAGCUGAGGUGGAGAAGCUGCGGGCUGCUCAAAUGAGCUCUCAGGGCAUCGAGCCGGAGAAAAUUAACCUCUUCCAGCAGGAGAUCUUAGCUCUGAAGAGCCAGCUAACCCAGCAGGAGAGGGAGAUGGCCGAGGCCCACAGAGCGUGGAGAGAAAAGCUGGAGCAGGCAGAGAAACGCAAACGUGAGGAAACCAAAGAAUUACAGAAAGCAGGCAUCACGUUUAAGGUGGACAACCGGCUGCCCAACCUGGUAAACCUGAACGAGGACCCGCAGCUGUCGGAGAUGCUGUUAUACAUGAUUAAGGAGGGACAGACCAAGGUCGGCCAGCACAAGUCAGAGUCCACCCACGACAUCCAGCUGUCUGGGGCCCUUAUCGCAGACCACCACUGUGUCAUUUCCAAUGUGAAUGGUGAAAUCAGCAUCAUCCCCAUGGAAAACGCCAAGACCUUUGUCAACGGGAACCUGGUAUCUGAGACCACUGUCCUGCAUCAUGGUGACAGGGUGAUCCUGGGCGGGGACCAUUACUUCCGCUUCAACCACCCGGCAGAGGUGCAGUCUGGGAAACGCGUGUCAUGCUGGACGGGCGACGGAGAUGGCCAUAAGGACUUUGAGUUUGCCAAAAAUGAGCUGCUCUCCGCGCAAAGAGCGCAACUGGAAGAGGAGAUCGAGGAGGCCAGGCUGAAGGCCAAAGAGGAGAUGAUGCAGGGGAUCCAGGUGGCCAAAGAGAUGGCCCAGAAGGAGCUGUCGGACCAGAAGACUCAGUAUGAGAACAGGAUCAAAGCCCUGGAGAGAGAACUGGAGGAGGAGAGCGAAAGGAAGCGGUGUCAAGAGAUGGACCAGCAGCGGGUGGUCUCCAAGAUGGAGGAGCUGCAGGAUGCCAAGGUGGAGCUGGAGCAGGAAGUGGACACGCACAAGACACGUCUCCGCCUCCACAUGGAGGCCCAGGCCACACGGCAGGCCAUGGCCGAUCACGGUGUCCGACAGGCCAAGGUGGUGGAGGCCCUCGAGGCAGAGAAGAGGAAGAUCGGCAAAGAUCUUGAGGAGAUGCAAAGGAAAGUGGCGCAGAAAGGAAGCCAGACUCUGAAAAAUGUCCCUCCACAGUGGGACGCCAUGAAGCUGUCUCUGAUGAUCGAGGAAGCCAACAAGAUCAGUGGCAAACUCACGAAGAACACAGUUUUCAGCAGACACGAGGGGUCUGGGAAGGAGGGCAGAGGGGGAAAGGGAGAGCUGCAGGUCCAGGUGCAGAACACCAAACUGGGCAUCUCCACCUUCUGGACUCUGGAGAAAUUCCAGAGCAACCUGGCCGCCAUGAGGGAACUCGACCAGGGGGACAGCAGCGCCUGUAAAGAUGACGACGUGUUUUACGACCCCAAUGAUGAGUGGGAGCAAGAUAUAUCGGCUUCCUCAACCGCCUCCUCCUUCUCACGCAGAAGGAGCAGAAGCCUGUUGAAGAGCAGGAGGAUUUCAGGGCGUCUCUACGAAAUCCGAGUGCACCCUAUUCAAAGCCUUAACAGUAACACCUCACAGUCCUCUGGUCUGAUGGGUGUGGCCAAACCGCCCUCGCUGCACCCCAGCUCAUUAGGUUCCACCCUGCCGGGGAUCUGCAAACAUUUGAUUGGCCAGAUGGUGGGCCAGCUACGCUGGUGUCACAGCUACGAGGAGAGCAUUGCAGACAGGCUGAGCUCUGACCUCUACUGUGUGUACACAGCCGUGACGACCAUCUCCGGCCUGUACGAUGGCCUGGACGAUGACUGUCAGGAGAGUGUGUUUGUGUUAGAGGCUGAGGCUCCGACACAGCUGGUGAAGGCCACCUCGGCCAUCGAGAGAGCCGUGUUUAUCACCAUGCAGUGGGUGGCCAGCGUCAAGCCCAGAGCCGGACCCCUCUACACCGUCGCAGAGGAGCUCAAGACCCAAGUCAAGAGAAUGGGUGGUUACUUUCAGCUUCUCAUCCAGGGCUGUGACUCUGAGAUCUCGUCCAUGGUGACCGAGGCCCACAGGAAGAGUGGUCAGUGUCUGGACACGGCACUGCUGGUCAUCAGCCACCUGGCCGCGCUUACCGCCACCCAGCUCCAUUUGACCGAGCUGGGCUCUGAGGCCACAGGCAAGCGGUCUGUGGCCCUGUCUCUUUUGGAGGGGACUUGUAAAGGGGUGCACUCUCUCCUGGAAGAGGGUCUGACAAUCUCCAACGAGAUGCUGAGAGAUGCGCAGCUGGCCUAUCCCAGGACUCCGGUUUUGCAGAGCCUCAAGUCGAAGAUGCUGGACCUGUCCUGUGCUCUCCAGAGCUACAUCCACUGCCACAUGACGGAUAGGGAAGAAGGCUCCAAGAAGGGAGCUGAGGACCCUGAUCCCUCACAGCUCCACAGAGUGAGGAACACCGCAGCCAUGCUGUUCCAGCUCAACCAGGCAAUCAGGCAGCUUCACGCUGCUCUCUCUCUCGCCCUCCGAGGUAAUAGCAGUGACUCCAGCCUCGGUACCUGCCGAGAGGCUGUCUCCUCCUCCUCCAAGACCAUCGACAAAGUCAUUAACGGCCUCCCCAGGGGCGGCACAGGGCUGGCCACCACAUCAUCUAGCCUACAGCUGCCCUGCCUGGAGACUGUCAUGGCAGCCCGGGACGAGCUCCACUCUGCCCUGCAGUCCCUGAGUACCGCCUUCAACACGCAGGGCCUUGAAGAGAAGAGGGGGUCUUCUGGCUCAGAGAAGAGCACACGGGAAAGGGGUCAGGGGAAGGAGGGGACUCUGGUUGCUUCCGACAUGGGAAGGAACAGAGGAGCCCCUAAGCUUGUUUCUCUCUCUUCAGGAUUGUCUUCAUCUAAUGACGAAGCACAUUGGGUUUGAUGCGCAGGGGGUUGAUCAGCUGAUCAGGCACUUUUUCAGUAGGCAUGAAACUGCCGGAAAUGGGAAGGUAGUACAAUCUGAACUUGUCCAAUGAGGAACAAAUGUUUUCGGUUUCCGUUGCAUUUUUUUUUUGCUACAGUGUGCUCUAAUGAACACGACACAGAUGAUUGAUGUUAAAGGUUACAGGCUCAAUGCCAUUAAUAGAAAGAAUGAACAGAGAGAAUGAGUGUACAUCAAAGGUCUUUCUGUCCAAUUGCACUAAAACCCCAGAUGUAUACACUGAACAAAAAUAUAAUGUAAACGCAACAUGCAACAAUUUCAAAGAUUUUACUGAGUUACAGUUCAUAUAA